AAUUUUAGAGUCUCACUGUUCAAGGUUAGCUUUACUCUCUUACAAGUGGUCCAGACUACUUUCUUCAGCAUUAUGUAACCUUGAGUCAGAGCUGCUUCCUGAGUGGAGAAAGUGAAAGUGAAGAAAGUUUGAGAGACAGAGGUAAAGGAAGAACAUUACUACCUGACUGACCAGACUGUGAACAGCUGAAGUGAACACAACACAAGGAACUGCACUGACAGGUCCAGAGUACAGUAUUAUUGUUCACCCAUCCUCGGCAGUAUGUCACUCAAGUUUGAGAUGUUGGAGGAGAAGCUGGGCUCCCGCAUCGACGCCAUGUUCGGAGUGAAGGACGCUCUCAUAGAGGUACACCCAGGCAGAGUGCUGCUCCCUCCAAAGUUUCAAGACAUAGGGCAGCGAAUCCGCGACUUCCACGUCAAGCCUGACGAUGUCUGGAUGGUGGCAUACCCUCGCACUGGGAGUACUUGGACCCUGGAGAUGGUCUGGUGCUUGAUGAACAACUUGGACUUUGAAGCUGCAAAAUCAACACUCAUAAACUUCAGAAGUCCAAUCAUUGAGCUGAGUGCGCUGUUUGGCCAUGACAAUGGGGAAGUAACCAGUGUGAUCCCUGACUCUGUCAGACUGGUGGAGAGUAUUCCUUCACCUCGCUGUAUCAGAACACAUUUGCCACUUCAACUUCUGCCUCAGGAAUUGAGGCAGGUCAAACCAAAGAUCGUUUAUGUUGCUCGUAACCCUAAGGAUGUGUGUGUUUCUUAUUACCACUAUUGCCUGCUACUGCACAACCUGCAAGAUUGUAGCUUUGAAGACUUUUGUGAACUCUUCUUGCAAGGAAAAGCUCCAGUUGGACCAUAUUUGGACCAUGUGCUAGAGUUUUGGAAACUAAGAAACGAACCCAAUGUUCUGUUUUUGAAAUAUGAAGACAUGAAAAAAGACCAUCGUGCAGCAGUGGCUAAGAUUGCCGAAUUCCUCGGAAAAGAACUGACUGAAGAACAGGUUACUAGCUUGAUUGACCAUGCAAGUUUUAAGAAAAUGAGAGAGAACCCAUCAGUGAACCUUCAACCAAUCAUGGAGCAAAUGCAUGGACCUGGACAUGAGGUCAAAGAGGAGAUCAAGUUUAUCCGCAAAGGUGAGGUGGGAGAUUGGAGGAACCACAUGAGUGAUGAGAUGUCUCGUAGGUUUGAUGAGUGGUCAACACAGCGGCUAGAGGGGUCAGGUCUUACCUUCGACUCUACCUAACCACCUGACUGCUGCAUGGUACAUGUGUUAUGGUACAUGUGGUAAUGUUGUAUGUAAAUAGGCUACUAAAACACAUUACAUUUUUGUUGUAAAUAAACGUUUUUAUUCAAAA